AUUCAAACUACUCUCCCUCAUCAUGGAAGUAAGUGCAGUAUGGUGUGGUAUGCUUGGAGAUUUCUGAAUUGGGUAUGGCUGAAACCAAAGAAGAACGAAAAAUGUCUAAGAGACCAAGGCCUGAACGGAAGCUCCUAUAAAUUCUUGUUCGGAGACUUGAAAGAGGUGGUUAACAUGUUAAGAGAAGCGAAAUCUACACCCAUAAAUCUAAAUAAUGAAAUUGUCCCCCGAGUCUUGCCCUUUGACCACAAAUCGUACACUGCUUAUGGCAAGAUUUGUUUCACAUGGAUGGGGACGACACCUAAGGUGCAAAUAACUGAUCCGUCUAUGGUAAGGGAGGUCUUGGCAAAUAACUAUCAGUUUCAAAAGCCAAGAGGAGGAAACCCAUUAAUAAGGACGCUAGGAGCAGGUUUGACAGAUGCAGAUGGUGAUCGAUGGAGCAAACACAGAAAAAUAGUCAAUCCUGCUUUUCAUGUCGAAAAGCUCAAGCAUAUGGUGCCUGCAAUCUAUGUAAGUUGUGCUGAGAUGAUCAACAAAUGGGAGGAAAGGUUAAAAAAGGAAAGGUCAUGUGAAGUGGAUGUUUGGCCUUAUCUUCAAACGUUAUCCAGUGAUGUUAUUUCACGUACAGCAUUUGGUAGUAACAUUGAAGAAGGGAAGAGAAUCUUUGAACUACAACGUGAACUAGCAGUGUUAGUUAUAGACGCUAUACAAUCACUCUACAUUCCUGGAUCGAGGUUUUUGCCAACAAAAAAGAAUAACAGGAUAAAGAAAAUUGACCGAGAAGGUAAAGCACCAGAUAUGUCAUACGUUGUGAAUGGAAAUGAAUACAAGUAUGGAUAUUACCUAGGUGAUGGGAUAUACCCAGAGUAUGCUACAUUUGUUAAGUCUUUUUCUUUUCCAGCCGAUGAGAAACGAAAAUUGUUCAAGUUAGCUCAGGAAUCUGCACAAAAGGACGUUGAAAGAGCAUUUGGAGUCCUAAAACAAAGAUGGCACAUAAUCAAGCAUCCAGCAAGAACAUGGGAUAGGGCAAAACUAACGACAGUGUUGACUGCCUGUGUUAACAUGGUUCUGCAUGAGGUUCUUAGACUAUACCCACCAGCAGUAGGACUAGGACGAAUGACACAUGAGGAAACGAAAUUAGGGGAUAUGACAUUACCAGCUGGAACUUUCCUCCAGUUGCAGAUUAUGCUUAUGCACCAUGAUCGUGAUGUAUGGGGUGAUGAUGUAAGCGAGUUCAAGCCUGAAAGAUUUUCUGAAGGUGUCUCGAAGGUGACCAAAGGACAAACAUCAUAUCUCCCAUUUGGUGGGGGUCCACGAAUAUGUGUUGGACUGAAUUUUGCUUUGUUAGAAGCAAAAAUGGCACUUGUCAUGAUUCUGCAACGUUUUUGCUUUCAUCUCUCUCCAUCCUAUUCGCAUGCUCCGCAUACCAUUGUCACUCUUCAACCUCAGUUUGGGGCUCAUUUGAUUUUGCGUAAACUGUAA